UGUGGUUCUAUUAUAGCAAUUUCUGUGAUAAAUCCUUUAACGCUACUGCCAACACUUGUGGUACUUGUCGUUAUGUUUUUUAUCAGAAAAAUUUAUUUGGCAAGCAGUUUGAGUAUAAAGCGAAUGGAGUCUACAUUAGCCCAAUUUUUGCACAUUUGUCGGAAUCUGCAAAAGGCCUAACAACUAUUAGGGCACUUAAAGCAAAUCAAAUAGUUGAAAACCAAUUUUAUAAUUUACAAAAUUUACAUACCUCAGUUCAUUACAUGAAUAUAAGCGCUAACAGAGCUCUUUCCGUAUGGCUUGACUGCGCCUGUGUCUUUUACCUUCUCAACGUCACUGUGUUUGCAUUAACAAGGGAAACAUAUGGAGGCAAUAUUGGUUUUGUUAUUACUCGCGCAAUGGGUAUAACUGGACUAUUUCAGUGGGGAAUACGAAUGUGGAGUGCAAUAGAAAAUGAAAUGACUUCCGUUGAAAGAAUUGUUGAAUACACAAAAAUUGAACAAGAAAAUGAUAGCAAAAAGGAAAUUCCUUCAAGUUUAUGGCCAGAUGCAGGAAAACUGGAAUUUCGAUCUGUCUACAUGCAGUAUUCUGCGCAAAGUCCAUAUGUCCUCAAGAAAUUAAAUUUUUUGGUCAAAUCUAGGGAAAAAAUUGGAAUCGUUGGUCGCACUGGAGCUGGCAAAUCAUCUCUCAUUCCAGUGUUAUUUCGUUUAAUCAAUUUUGAAGGCAAUGUCUUUAUUGACGAUGUUGACACUAAAGAAAUUUCAUUGUCUUCCCUACGAUCAAAAAUUUCAAUAAUUCCACAAGAUCCUGUUCUUUUUGCAGGAUCGGUACGAAAAAAUUUGGAUCCUUUUGAUCUUUAUAAAGAUAGUGAAAUUUGGGGUGUUUUGGAAGAAGUACAAUUGAAAGACUUUGUCAGCAAUUUACCUUCAGGGAUGUUUAGUAAACUAUCAGAAGGUGGUUCCAAUUUCAGUGUUGGUCAAAAACAGUUGAUUUGUUUAGCGCGAGCACUUUUAAAGAAGAACAAAAUAUUAAUUCUCGACGAAGCUACUGCUAACGUUGAUCCUCAGACCGAUGAGCUUUUACAGAAGUCGAUAAAAAAUAACUUUGAAGAUUGUACAGUUUUAACCAUCGCUCAUCGUUUGCAUACAAUAAUGGAUUCUGAUAAAGUUAUAGUAAUGGAUGAUGGAUUAAUUGUUGAGUUUGAUCAUCCAAAUCUACUAUUAAACAAUAAGGGAGUUUUCUAUAAUCUAGUUAUGGAAACUGGGAAAAGUAUGGGAAAAAAAUUACUCGAAACAGCACAAAAGAAUUAUAACACCAAAAUGUGAUGGAUGAUCAACAAUUUUGUAUUUAUAUGGAAAAUGAAUAUUUUAUUUUUAUUUAUUACAGCAUACUAUACUUAAAUAAAAUUUAUUCAAAU